AUGGUUGGCGCGUUCCGCCAGAGACAAGCUCUCUCGCAAGUCCUUCGCAUUACUUCCUCAUCCUCAACCUCCUUACCCCGAUCAUUCCUUUCCAGACCACACAUAUACCAUCGACUAUCUAGUCUCGCAUCUUCGUCGUUAACCGCGAGAGCAUUCUCCUCUUUACCCGCAUGGAGACAGCACGCAGCACAGGCAUAUGCGGACAAUCCAGCCAAUGCGCCUCCGCAGCAGUUCUCCAAGUUUCAAGACCUGGCAGACCAUGGCAUAGUCUCCCCAAAGGUGAUCGAUACUAUUGUCAACGACAUGGGCAUCCACACCAUGACCGACGUGCAACGGCUGACCAUCAACGAAUGUCUCGAUGGUGCCGACGUGAUUGCCCAGGCUAAAACUGGUACCGGAAAGACACUUGCCUUCCUCAUGCCCAUCGUCCAGCGUAUUCUACGAGAUCCCGACCUCGAGACGCGUACCCAAAAUCGCGCCAGUGCUGACGAUAUUCGUGCCCUGAUCAUCUCCCCUACCCGUGAGCUAGCGGAACAAAUUGCCGUAGAAGCAAAGAAGAUCGUACGGGGCACGGCCGUUAAAGUCCAGACAGCUGUUGGUGGGUCGCAAAAAUCAUACCAUCUUCGUUUGAUGCAGCGAGAGGGUUGCCAUAUACUUGUUGGCACUCCCGGGCGUGUCAAGGACAUACUGUCAGACGGAUAUUCGGGUGUCAGGCUCGACAAUAUUGAGACGUUUGUUCUUGAUGAAGCAGAUCGCUUGCUCGACAUUGGCUUCGCCCCUGACAUCGAAGAGAUACAGUCGUUUAUGCCCCGGAGACAGGAACGUGCCAGACAAACGCUUAUGUUUUCCGCAACCGUGCCGAAGGAGGUGGUGUCUUUGGUCCGAACAACUCUUCGUCCGGAUUUCAAGUUUGUCCGCACAGUAGCGGCAGAUGAGACGCCUACUCAUGACAGGAUUCCACAGCACGUCUCUUUCCUCCGAGGCCUUGAAAACCAGCUGCCGGCACUACUGGAACUGGCUAAACGAGCAAUCGAGGCGAACAAGAAUGACCCUGAGAACAACUUACCCUUUAAAGCCAUUGUCUUCUUCAACUCUACUGCCGAAGUCGCUCUGGCACAACAGGUGGUGCAGAAUAUGCGCUCUGCAGGCGCUGAAGGGCCAGCACGCAGCAUGUUCGCUAGGCAUCCGCUUGAACCCUGCGCGGUUCUUGAAAUGCACUCCAAGCUCUCUCAACAAGAACGUACACGCUAUUCUCAACAAUUUCGAAACGCCGAGUCUGCUCUUUUGCUCUCCUCAGAUGUCACCGCCAGAGGGUUGGAUUUCCCCAAUGUCACUCACGUAAUACAAAUCGGUCUUCCUCGUUCAGCUGAAGACUACGUCCACCGACUCGGACGGACAGGACGUGCCGGAAAGCCAGGCGAAGGAUGGCUGUUGCUUCAACAAGACGAACAGCUGGCGUUUCGCCGUAUGCUCGGCCGUGGUGAAUUCAAUAUCAGACCAGACAGCUCUCUCAGGACCGCUCAAAUCGACAUGGGCCAGUCAGCGCAACUACCAGCAAGCACUGCAAAUAUCUUGCAAAUGGUAGAGUCUGGAGUCAAAUCCACACCAAUGAGGCUGAAGAAUCAGGCAUAUGCCUCCAUGAUCAGUGCCUUGGGCCAAGGCGGCAGAAACCAUCAAACCGUUGUGGACCUGGUUAAUGGUCUGGCCAGAAAUGGAUGGGGCAUGCAGACACCACCACCAGUGUCGCCAGUUUUUGUCAGUAGAUUGGGCUAUAACCGCACCAGAGGCCUCAAUGUCUCCGACCAAAGACCGGAUUACGGCGACGACAGAGGAGAUUUCGGACGGGGAGGAGGUGGAUUUGGAGGUCGUCGGACCAAUGCCUUUGGUGGUGGUGGCGGUGGCUUCGGCGGUGAUCGAAGAGGUGGAAGAGAUAGCUUUAACGACCGAGGUCCAUUUAGCAGCGGAGGUGGUGAUCGAGGUGGAUUUGGAGGAGGCGACCGGGGAUCAGGCGGUUUUGGCGGCAGAUCAGGCGGUGAUCGAGGUGGCUUCGGAGGAGACCGCAGAUCAGGUGGAUUCGGAGGCGGACAAAGCAGACAGUCUUUCUCGAGGUGA